AUGGACGGCUGGGACGAAGAUGACCAGCAUUCUCGUGGGCGACCCUCGCAAUCGCCCAUCCCGUUUGCCUCGCCGCCGGUUGAGCUCUGCUUCCACGAGGGAUGGAAGGCAGACCCAGUCAAGCCCGUGUCGCUUCACUUCGACAAUGACGAUGCCAUCACCCGCUACAAGGACCCUCCCAACCUCCGGAUACCGCCCGUGCCUGCCGUCCUCAUGGAGGGCGGGGUGCUCUAUCUGGUGGGAUACGACGACGACGACUACGACGACGACGACAACAACAACAACAACAACAACAACAACAACAAUAACAACAGCAACAACCGCAACAACAACAACAACAACAACAACAACCGCUACAAUAACAACAACAACCGCUAUGUCAAUCCGUACGACGGGUCUCGCUCCAACAGCGACCAGAGUCAAGACCAAGGGCUGUCACCCUCGCCGCCAUCGUCAUCGCACUCUGGCUGGGCCCCUCACCCGCCCAGCCAAUCGCCACGGCUGCGCUUUGCAUGGAUUCGGACUCGCCGCCGCGAGACCAAGUGGUUUAUUCUGUGCACCAUGGCGCCCCUCAUCGCCAUGGGCAUCGCAACUGGCUGGAUGUGGGGCGUGUGGUCGUCUUCGACAGCGGCCAACAGCAGCUGGGCGCCGGUGGAGGUGGUUGACACGGUCGCUGUCCUCAAUAUUAUCGAGUUCGGAGAGGCGCUGUCAGAACUUCACUCGUCGCUACGCGAGUAUCAAUGGAAUGCAAGGAGGAUGAAGACCAACCGGACCGAGGAAAACAGUCUUUGGUAUCGGUUUCAUUCGACGCCCGAUUAUGACGAGGAAGAAGAAGCACGCAGAGAGGAAGAGAUGGACACACGCAGGCCGACAAAGUGGAACACAGUCAGCCUCAACCACGGCAUCAUCGAAGACUACCACGUCGUCAUCAUCGCCGAGAUAGGGCUGGUUAGGAGCCUGUGGGCCAACAUUGACGCCUGGAUGGUUGGCUUUUGGACAAAGAUGCAGACCAUGUCCAUACGCCUCGACGGUUUGUAUGUGCAUUGGAAAGCGCCGUCGGUCGAGUGGACCCGGAGCCCCUGGUCUUCUUCUCCCACCAAUGGCACCCUCGUCGACGGUGCCUUUUUUCUCUCCAACCGCAACACAACGGCCGAGGAAGAGGUCCGCCGCCUUCUGGCACUGCGCCUGCCCGACGGCGAGACCGACACCUCGCCCAGGCGCGCUCCUCCCCAGGUCUCGGACAUCCCCCGUCGCACGCCGGACGUGGACGGGAUUGCCCACAAAAUCCUCAAGGUAUACAAAUGGGGCAUGGACAAGAUGCACUUAUCGGGCAACCUGUGCAACUUCUGCACCAACGCCUGCUCCAUCGCCUCCGUCAACGAAGAGCUGGGCCACCCCCACCCGGGCUGCGUUGGGUACUUUCCCAAGGACCUCGACUCCCCAGCCUACGGAUCGCCCGGCGACCUGGCACGCGGGGAGACGGGAGCGAGGGACCGCGCAAGAAGAGCGGCGGGAAAAUCACCACCACCACCACCAUCAUCAUCAUCGCCGUCGUCGUCCACCCCGGCACCCCCCCGGCACAAGGGCUACUCGUCCCUCCUCGCGUACGCCUCGACGCUGGGAUACGCGAAGCGCGACAACGAGAGGUUCGGCGACUGGACGCGGAACCUCGGCGAGAAGGCUGAGGACGAGCGCGAGACCAGACGCUUCAAGGAGAGGUGGAACCGCAAGAACCGCGUGCAGCCGGAAACCCUCUGGGAGGAGCCCGAGCUGUUCUCCCUGGCGAGGCACUACACGGUCAUGGGCAUCUUCUGCGACUGCCGCCCCGUGCCCGACGUGUGCGUCGCGUGGAACGACGCCCUGGCCCGCGGCGAUGACGUAGCUGGCUUCUUCUGGCUGCGCGACUGGCCGCCCACCGACUCGUACGACUUUACCUCUGCCGACGAGGGCGCUGUUGCCACGGUCAGGCGCUGGCUCCGCUCGGUGCCCUAUCCCGGCAGCAAGGCCAGGCCCGAGGAGGCCCUGCAGGCUCGGCGGAAGAAAGCCCGUAUGGACCCGACACACGACCCGGAGCUCGUCGCCAUAGCCCACAUCAUAGCAACCGCGUCCGCCUCGGACCUCGCCUACGAAAACCAGGUGGUGAUAUCCGACAGGAUCUACCGCGCCAGAGCCGCCGUGGACAUCGACCGGAUCAAGCUCCAGAUGCGGGGGGGGGGGAACUCGUUCCUGCCGCGCGAGGCCGGCGCCGCGGCCCUGCGCGCGGGGCCCGUGGCCGCGCAGCUCGACGCCAUCGACAGGUUGGUAGGCGCCACGCGCGACCUCUGCACCCUCACGGCGGCCUUUGACUCCCAGCUUACUGGCCGGCUCAGGGGUGACGGCUGGAUGCGCGUCUCUGCUGAGGUGUCGAUGCUGCCGCCUGAGGAGGCCUGGGUCGUUGAGUAUCUGAAGUACGACGAUCCAAUGAAGAGAGGGCCCUUGUCUACGCCUGUGCCUCCGCCUGCGCGGUCGUCCUCGCCUUCUGAUGUCAUUUUUGACCUGGCAAACGACAUCGACGUCGAUGCAAAGGACCACGCGGCGCUCUGCAAUGGACCUAUCUGGAGGCUUGUGGACCGGAUCAACGAGGCGAUGAGAAGGCACAGGGAGAGGAGCUAUGCUGAGUCCUUGGAAAGAGAGGCUGCGUACUUGGAAUUGCUUACAGAGGAGGAGCGUGAGGAGUAUCUUUGCAAAGAGCAGAGGAGGGAGGAGAGAGUGGAGGAGAGGAGGAGGGCUCACAAGGCAGAGGAAGCUAAGAGGGUGGAGGAGGAGGAUAAGCACUGGACAGAGGCGGAGGCAGAGGCCAAGGCCGAGGCAAAGGUGAAGGCGGCGGGAAAGGCAAAGGGAGAGGCAGAGGCAGAGGUAGAGGCUGCGGGGCCAGAGGAAGAUGGGACAGAUAAUGCUGAGCAGGCUGGGCAUAAUGGCAAGUAA